AGCUAUGUGUAUUUAUAGUUGAUGGGAUAGACAAGACCCCAUUGAUGUAGUUUGCCUUUGUAGAUGGAUGAACCUAAAUGUUAACAAGUCAGUGCAGGAGAGAAAUAAGCAGGGUAGGGGUUCUGGUGAUGAGGUGACUUCUGGGGCGUCUGAAGGGCAUCAGGGAGCUAGCCCUGAGCACUGCAGGAGACCGUAGGCAGUGAGCGGUCACUAAGCUGAGGUCACUAAUACCCGCCUGGCCCAGGCCCGCCCAUGGUGAGCGCAGGUUUGGGGCACUAUGAUCCAGUACCCUGGCCUGGCCUCGCCUCCAGUUGCUGACAUCCAGUCUCUGCAUUGGUGGUGGCUCCCAGCUCAGCCCUCCUUUGCAGGUGAUCCUCGCGGCUCAGGCCCGGCCACAUCCUUGCAUCCCCGCGGUCCCUCCGCCCUCCGCCUAGACGCAGUGCUGAGUGGUUACCAGCCUGGGGCCGGAGACCUUCCCUCCCGAGGCCACGCCCGGCCAGCCCUAGGGCGGGCGCCCCUCUCCUUUAUUCGGAACGUUGCAGCUUGGGUGCGGCUCCCUGCCGUGCACCGGAGCUACCGGAAGCGGAAGUGCUUGCUGGCGGCGCACUGCGGCGUUCUGGGUGGCGGCGGCGCGGGCGAGAGCACCAUGGAGCAUGUGACCGAGGGCGCCUGGGAGUCGCUGCCCGUGCGGCUGCACCCUCGAGUGCUGGGCGCGCUGCGAGAGCUGGGCUUCCCAUACAUGACGCCGGUGCAGUCCGCCACCAUUCCUCUGUUCAUGAAAAACAAAGAUGUCACUGCAGAAGCGGUCACAGGUAGUGGCAAAACCUUGGCUUUUGUCAUCCCUCUCCUGGAAAUUCUUCUGAGAAGGGAGGAAAAGUUAAAGAAGAGCCAGGUAGGAGCCAUAGUCAUCACCCCCACUCGGGAGCUGGCUAUUCAGAUCGAUGAGGUCCUGUCACAUUUCACAAAGCACUUCCCCCAGUUCAGCCAGAUUCUGUGGAUUGGUGGCCGGAACCCUGGAGAAGAUGUGGAGAGGUUCAAGCAGCAGGGUGGGAACAUCAUUGUGGCUACUCCCGGCCGCCUAGAGGACAUGUUCCGGAGGAAGGCUGAGGGUCUGGACCUGGCCAGCUGUGUGAGGACUCUGGAUGUCCUGGUGCUGGAUGAGGCAGACAGACUUCUGGACAUGGGCUUUGAGGCAAGCAUAAACACUAUCCUGGAGUUUUUGCCAAAGCAGAGGAGAACUGGCCUCUUCUCAGCCACGCAGACGCAGGAAGUGGAGAACUUGGUGCGAGCAGGCCUACGGAACCCUGUCCGAGUCUCAGUCAAGGAGAAGGGCGUAGCGGCCAGCAGCACCCAGAAGACACCAUCCCGCCUGGAGAAUUACUACAUGGUAUGUAAAGCAGAUGAGAAAUUUAAUCAGCUGGUCCAUUUCCUUCAGAAUCACAAGCAGGAAAAGCACCUGGUCUUCUUCAGCACCUGUGCCUGUGUGGAGUAUUAUGGCAAGGCCCUGGAGGCCCUAGUGAAGAACGUGAAGAUCCUGUGCAUUCACGGGAAGAUGAAGUACAAACGCAAUAAGAUCUUCAUGGAGUUUCGUAAGCUGCAGAGUGGGAUUCUGGUGUGCACAGAUGUGAUGGCCCGGGGAAUUGACAUUCCUGAAGUAAACUGGGUGUUGCAGUAUGACCCUCCAAGCAAUGCCAGUGCCUUUGUGCAUCGCUGUGGCCGCACUGCCCGCAUUGGCCACGGCGGCAGCGCUCUGGUGUUCCUACUGCCCAUGGAAGAGUCCUACAUCAAUUUCCUGGCGAUUAACCAGAAAUGCCCCCUGCAGGAGAUGACCCUCCAGAGAAACACAGCCGACCUCCUGCUGAAGCUCAGGACCAUGGCCCUGGCUGACAGAGCCAUGUUUGAGAAGGGCAUGAAAGCUUUUGUGUCCUAUGUCCAGGCUUAUGCAAAGCAUGAAUGCAACCUCAUUUUCAGGCUAAAGGAUCUUGACUUUGCUAGUCUUGCGAGAGGUUUUGCCUUGCUGAAGAUGCCCAGGAUGCCAGAACUGAGGGGCAAGCAGUUUCCAGAAUUUGUGCCUGUGGACAUCGAUACAGACACAAUCCCGUUUAAAGAUAAAAUUAGAGAAAAGCACAGGCAGAAACUUCUGGAGCAAAAAAGAAAGGAGAAAACAGAAAACGAAGGGAGAAGAAAAUUUAUCAAAAAUAAAGCCUGGUCAAAACAGAAGGCCAAAAAGGAAAGGAGGAAAAAGAUGAAUGAGAAAAGGAAAAGAGAUGAGGGUUCUGACAUUGAAGAUGAGGACAUGGAAGAACUACUUAAUGACACAAGACUCUUGAAAAAGUUUAAAAAAGGCAAAAUCACAGAAGAAGAAUUUGAGAAGGGGUUGUUGACAAGUGGCAAAAGGACAGUGAAACUGACACACUUGGGGAUCUCAGACUUGGAAGAUGACUGCUGACCCCAGAGCCUAAGGCCCCACAGUCAGGGCUUCUCCCACUGGAGGGCAGAAUUUCAAGAGACACCUCAGAAGACUGUUCCAAAAAGCUGUCUGUUCAGACUGGGGAAAAAUGAAGGACUGCCAUACUUGUGAAUACCACAAACCUACUAGUGCUGUUUACUCAUAUACACAUUGAAGUAUGCUUGA